AUGGUGAUGAUGUACAUACACAACUACAAGUUCAACAAAAUAUAUAUGGAAGUCGACCCUAUUCUUAUUCUAAAAUAGAAUGAAUUCACUAAAUUUUACACUGGACGAUGGCUCUCCAUCCGUCACAAAAAUUCACUUUGUGACAACAUUUCUUACAAACCGCAAAGCCUUUUAAUUGAAAAGGCAAUAUUAUGAAAAAUCAGUGUCCUCCAAUCAAGAAUAUUUCCACUUCUAUCAAUUUGAGAAUUGUUGGACUUCUUUCAAGUAUUAGUUUUCAAAAUGCAAAAUACUUUGCUGAGAUGCUUUUUACUCAUCAAAGAUUUAAAUAUAAUAAACCACUAUACAGAUCUUUAUUGGAAUUUGACUGGAUCGAGUAUAGAUACAAAUUAAAUAAGAACAUAGGAGGACAGGCUUGGGCAUUGAUCAAAGACGUGGCAGUGUUCUGGAAUGAUGAGCUUCUGGGAAAUGACAGUGAUCUAUUCAAGGUGUUGGUGGGAUCGAAUCUAUUAAUGCAAAAUGUGCCUGAUCGUUCGGAUUUGCUCGCUCUUGCAAACAAGGCUAGAGACGAUUACUUCAAUAAGGAUCCUGAUAGGUCGUUUGCAUUUUUUGAGAUAAGUGAAAACGAUGCAGUGAUCGGAUCAUUUGUAUUUGAGCUUUACAGUGAUCUACUGCCAGACACCUGUGACAGAUUCAUGUACCUAUGCAUAAAUCAUCCUCUGAAACAGGCAAAGCAAACUUACACCGGAUCAAAGUUACACAGAAUCGUAAAAAGUGGCUGGGUUCAAGGAGGAGAUAUCGGAUUGGAAAAUGUCGCUCAUCUUCCGGAUGAAUGUUAUGCUGUAGAUCAUGAUCGCAGAGGAAUAUUAUCCCUAGCUAACUGUGGUAAGGAUACAAAUGGCACCCAGUUUUUCAUAAAUUUCAAUCCUGCUCCCUGGAUGGAUACUUACUAUGUUGCUAUAGGCCGCAUAAUUGAAGGUCAUUCUCUGCUACAGCAUAUAGAAAACGCGAAAACCUACUACGAAAGUCCUUGUUCGAGUUUUGUGAUAACUAACAGUGGUGUCCUGCCAUAUGGUAAAGGUACAAAAGUUCGUACAGACUUCAUAAACGAAACCAUCCAUCUUAUACACGACAGAUUCAAAUUUUCAAUUCGACAACAAAAUUUGAAUUUGAUUCAGAACAAAUUGACAACUGUUUCUAAAUUUGAGAGCGAUCAGAGAAGGAUUAGAAGUCGUAAAGUUCUGGGGAUUGAUAAGGAGGCGGAGGCUGUACUGAACAUACUAGACCAACACAUGUUGGAUGUACAUGUGGUGGAAAAUAUUUUGGAGAAAAUUUUGUUGAACACGUUUUUAGCUGCCGCGGUUCAUGAAGUACAUCCCGAUACAAAAUACUCGAACCAAGUGUCGUCAUCUGAGAUGUCGAUAGGGAGAUACAACUUGGACCUCUAUUCUGAGCCGCUGUUGAGAGCUAGUCUUCUAAAGUCGUUUCUCAGGAUAUGCUACGAGCGGGGAUUCCUUGAAAGUCCAUCACCAGACUAUGUGAGCGAGAAGGAGAUGAAGUCGUGGGACUUGUGUGAGCCAUCGUCGGACACCACCAUCAACUACAUCCUCAACUGUGUGAUGAAAGCUGUAGGCGACCAGUGCUCUCUAGCGGAGGAUCGAAGAGACGUCACUUCCAUUAUCGAUAGGCUGAUUUGUGAGGUGACUGAUAUAGCCGACUUGUCCGAGUAUGAAGCGGCUGUUCGAGACCAGGCGAAAAUAUUUCUUAGUGGUGUGUUCAAAGAGGCUGUGGAUCGGUUCAUGUCCCUAAGUGACUCAACUAUGGAAUUCAGGUUCACUCUGUAGCAUCAGUUAAAUGCUGCCUUCAUGUUUCACGAGAAAGAAGAUAUAUUUUGUUUGAAAAAAUCGAUUAAAUAAUUAGUCCAAAUUAUGUAAAUGUGAGUAUGAAAUUUGUAUUUUAAUCAAAAUUACUAAAUGAAUGUUUUGUGUAAAAAACCUUCAAACUGAUUUCUUCAAAUAUAAUAUUGUGUCCGAAUAUGAAUAUAAAAUGUGUAUUUUUAUAAAAUAACUGUGUAUUUAUUUGGAUACAAGUAAUAUACGGUACUGUAAAUACUAGUAGUUCUGUGAACAGUAGACCUCACGCAGUAUU